GAGAGACUUGCAAACAAGACAGGAUCUCUUAAGAAACAAUCAUGAACGGAUUGACUAUCGCUCUUUUCGCCUGUUUGGCAGUUAUCGCCAGUGCUAAGCCUUCCGGCUGGGGCCAUGGAGGUGUUGGAGCGUGGGGAGGUUCUGGAGCAUGGGGAGGUCAUGGAGCAUGGGGAGGUGCUGGAGCAUGGGGUGGUCAUGGAGGAUGGGGAGCAGGAGCUGGUGCCGCCCUUAACCAUAACUACCAUGGAUCCGUAGGACCUGCUGGUGUCGUUACCGGUGCCGGAGCUGUGGGACCAGCUGGAUCU